AUGCGUCGCAACAUUAAACUGAUUGUCUUCGUGAGCAUCAUUUGGAUGUUCGUGAUGGUCUACUACUUCCAGUCCAGCACCGAGAAGGUGGAAAAUCGUGCACUGCGGCUACGUGAGGUGGCAACGGCCAUGCAGCAGCAGUUCCAGGACGACUCCUCGUCGGUGGCGGCAGCAGCGGCGGCGGCGGCGGCAGGAGCAUCCACAGUCCGGCUCUGGGCACCGGCCGGAGGCGGGGUGGGAGUGGGAGGUAUCGGUGGCAGUGGGGCCGAUGAUCCCGGCGGCAAUGUCAUUCUAAUCGGUUCGGUUAAGGACUUUGAGCGCAAUGCGGUCCAUGGCCUGAAAUUGAAUGGAAUUGUGGCGCUGGAAGAGACGUCGCAGGCUCACAGCGGUGGCAUGGGUGGCCGGCUGCCAAUGGCCCCCAGCGGCCGCGCAGGCACUACCGAGGUGGAGUACUUCGACGAGGCGGGCUACAUCAGAGCGGGGGCACUGCGCAACGGGGAAGAUCCCUACAUUAGGAAUCGUUUCAAUCAAGAGGCCAGCGAUGCACUGCCCAGUAAUCGAGAGAUACCCGACACGAGGAAUCCCAUGUGUCGCACUAAGAAGUACCGCGAGGAUCUGCCCGAGACCAGUGUCAUCAUCACCUUCCACAACGAGGCCAGGUCCACGCUAUUGAGAACCAUUGUCAGUGUUCUCAAUCGCAGUCCCGAGCACCUGAUACGAGAAAUCGUGCUGGUAGAUGACUUCAGUGAUCAUCCCGAAGACGGCCUGGAGUUGGCCAAAAUCGACAAGGUCCGCAUCAUACGGAACGACAAGCGUGAAGGCCUGGUCCGGUCCCGGGUUAAGGGCGCCGAUGCCGCCGUCAGCAGUGUCCUCACCUUCCUCGACAGCCACGUGGAGUGCAAUGAGAAGUGGCUGGAGCCGCUGCUCGAGCGGGUUCGGGAGGAUCCAUCGCGGGUGGUUUGUCCCGUCAUCGAUGUGAUCAGCAUGGACAACUUCCAGUACAUCGGUGCCUCGGCCGAUUUGCGCGGCGGCUUCGACUGGAAUCUGAUCUUCAAGUGGGAGUACCUCAGUCCAGCCGAGCGUUCGGUCCGCCACAACGAUCCCACCACGGCCAUCAGGACCCCGAUGAUAGCGGGGGGACUGUUCGUCAUCGACAAGGCGUACUUCAAUAAGCUGGGCAAAUACGACAUGAAAAUGGAUGUGUGGGGAGGUGAGAACUUGGAAAUCUCGUUCCGUGUCUGGCAGUGCGGCGGCAGUUUGGAAAUCAUCCCCUGCAGUCGGGUGGGUCACGUCUUCCGUAAACGGCAUCCCUACACCUUCCCGGGGGGCAGCGGCAAUGUGUUUGCCCGGAAUACGCGACGUGCCGCGGAGGUCUGGAUGGAUGACUACAAACAGCAUUACUACAAUGCCGUGCCCCUGGCCAAAAACAUUCCAUUCGGCAACAUUGACGACCGUCUGGCUUUGAAGGAGAAAUUGCAUUGUAAGCCAUUCAAAUGGUAUCUGGAGAAUGUGUAUCCCGACCUGCAGGCCCCCGACCCACAGGAGGUUGGCCAAUUCCGACAGGAUAGCACCGAAUGCUUGGAUACAAUGGGCCACCUAAUCGAUGGCACUGUGGGAAUCUUCCCCUGCCACAACACGGGCGGCAACCAGGAAUGGGCAUACUCGAAGCGCGGCGAAAUCAAGCACGACGAUCUCUGCCUGACACUCGUGCAGUUCGCCCGCGGCUCCCAGGUGGUGCUGAAGGCCUGCGAUGAGUCGGAGAAUCAGCGCUGGAUCAUGCGGGAGGGCGGCCUGGUGCGACACCACAAGAUCAACGUGUGCCUGGACUCGCGGGAUCAGACGGCACAGGGCGUGAGUGCGCAGCACUGCAACUCCGCCCUCGCCACGCAGCGCUGGUCGUUCGGCAAGUACGCGUGAGAGAGACGCCUGACGGACUAGGCUGGAUAAGGAGACAGAUAGAGCAGGACACAGUGAUAUUUGUGCAAGUGGACGGAACGAGGAGGAGGAGGAGGAGGAGGAGGAAGCCUAACCUAACUCUAUGUGGAUUGCAUGUGGAUUGUAUGUGUACUGUAUGUAUUCGUAAUGUUUUACCUUACCAAUGUUGAUUUGUUGCUGAACAUAAAACACACUCUCACACACCCGAUUAUAUUACCAUAUAUAGUGCAUACUUGUAAACGAUAAGUUCAACUUUAGUUAAAGAGGGUUCACGAAUCGUUCAGACACCAUUUCCUCUGGGGGUUAAACUUACAUCAAACGAAAAUAUGAAAUGCAUACAAAAAAUGUACUUAGACUGAUUAAUUUUUUGUAUAUGUAUACAAAAUAUAUAUAAAACAAAGAAAAUGGGAAAUAAUACUACCCAUAAAAGCGUAAAACUUUGGCAGCUGCUUGACAAAAACAAAAGAAAGAAGCAUAAGCUAUAAAUUAAUUUUUGCAUUCCAACGGCACACAUUCAUUCGAGUCAAUUAAGGAUAUAAAUUUGUCACAAAUCAAACAGAAAAAUAGCCUAGCAUACGAUUCAGAUAUUCACACACACACACACAUGCUCAGAGUCUUCUCAACUUUGUACUUAACACAAACAAAAAGCAAAAACAAACAAACAUGAAAUGUUAUCAUUAGUUUUAGUUGUACUUCUAAGUGGAAAAAAAUCAUUUGAAAUCAUUGAAACCUAUGUGAAAUAUGUAUGUAUAUAUAAUGAAAAGGAAAAUAUUAUUUAAAUGUUUAU